AUGGCGAAUGAAAUGUUACAUUCGUACUACAGAAACUGUUUACUCUUUGUCGUUUGGUUAUUGUUGUUACACGGCACAAACAGUGAUCCAAUCCAGAAACGGUCUAAAUCAAGCGUUGCUUUUAGCAAGGUGCACAUUCACAGACGGGAUGCAGUCACCAAUGAAUUCUUGAUGAGCCCUGCUUCUUAUACAAGCCUUAUAACCAAUUUCAAGAAUGAGACAACGUCUAUAGAUAUUCACCAUAGACACUAUGAUUAUGAGCUUGUAUGCCCACAACAAGUAUCCAACGGACCGCACGACCCUCCAAACAAGCGAUCAACAUGUCCCUGGUAUUACAGCGUAAAACAUAACGCCAAACAAUACCCGGCGACGAUAUUGAAUGCAGAGCGUCUCUGUGAAUAUUCUAUUGGAUCAAACAAUUCACUUGAAUGUGUCCCAAUUACUCACAAAAUGUCUGUACUUGAAUUACAAAACUACCGAGACGACAACAAUAACUAUGUUUGGACAGAUACCAUGGUAACGGUUGUAAUUGGUUACACCUCUGCCGGAAGAAGGAGUGCCUACAGUUCUGGAACCAAGAAUUAUUCUGGUAAACCUGCACCAGAAUAUGACUAGUCUUUUUUUAUCUAAGGAUGGUGUAUGCCAUGUUAUCAUGAUAGAUGCA